AUGGAUUAUAAAUCCUCACUCUGGAUGGUAUUAAAGGGAAGACGAUGGUCCACCAACCCCCAAUACAACGAGAAGACGCGUUUGCUAGAAGGUAUAUUGAAAACGGGAUUCGAAUGCUGCGAUGUCGCAGUUUGAAGGGUGAGAAAAAAAAACCAACUGAAAUGAACGAAGGACACAGGUAGAUAGGAGGGGAAAAAGGAAAGAAUGAGAAGAAAGAGGGGCGGAGGGGGGGAACAGCGAAUGUUCGGACAAAAAUAAGGAAAGAAAGGGAAAAAGAAAGAACUAGCGAAAAAAGGAUGGAACAACACGGUAGAAAUAAAGAGAACAGAGGAGUACCGUAUGCGUUCGACCCGCGUACAUCUAUAUAGAGUGUAUAGUACCACAUAGGAAUAAGGAUAUGUAAGCGCGCGUGCCCGCGCAACCGACAGCAGAUGCGCUCGCUGCGGCAGCUGUCCUCCUACAAGUGGUUCUCAAUCACUCUCUGUUUUCAAUCUUCUUUCUUCUUUUACGUAUCAAUGCACGUCAAUGUCAAAUCAAACAAUAACAUUUAAGAUAACGACUUAUUUGAAAACUUAUAGCAAGUCGGUCGAUCAUCAAAGUACGCGCUUCCUACUAAAUUAAGUGUAUCGUGUAUUUUAAUUUUCAAAUUUAUCUUUACUUCUAUUUUGAUUCUUUUGUGUUUAUAUGUAUCAUGCAUUUCUAUAUUUUGAUAAAACGACAGGAUCAAGUUAAAUCCAAUUCAGUUAAUUUAUAAUAAAUAUAUAUGUCAGUUGAUUUCAUCACUUGCCAAAAAUUAAAUUGCUUUAUCCCAAAUCAGUAUAUGUAAUUGGAUUAUGUACGUACAUUAAACUCAGAAUUAACUUAUAAUUGAUAGAAACGUUUAUGCAAUAUCACUGCCAUUUCAUACAUUAAGACAGACAAUUUGUCUUUAUAAUUAAAAUAAUUAUUAAAUGUAUAUAUAAUAUAGAAAAAAAUAAUAUUUUGUUAACAAAUAAAGCUAUUCAAUCGUCAAUAUUAAUAUUUUGAAUCACAUGUAUACGUUUAACGAUGGCACGUUUGAUCAUUUGUAAUGUUUCAUAUUAUAAACUAUAAGCUAUGAUUUUUAAAAUAAACAUGGGACCGUUUUAUUUAAAAUUAAACUUUUUAUUAUGAAUCGUACAUAAUAAUUUUUAAAAUGUGUUCGAGAAGUGUCACUGCGCAAAUUGUAAUAGCCUUACUAUUGUAAGAUUCGACUGACCCUUUUUUCCCAUAGGACACCUAGCUAACAAAAAGACAGAACAAGAAGAACCGUAUACGUCAUGUACUUGACAGGCGGAGCAAAAUUCAAGACAGCUGAUACAAUUUUGGCGGGCUUUAACGAUAGAUCUGCGCCACAAAGUGGCCUAAGAAGGACGAAGACGAAAGAUAAGACGGAGAAUAAAAAGAGAUCAGGAAAAAGACACGAAAAGGAAAAAGAGGGAAGCUUAAAGCUGGUUGUUGCUGGUGUUCCUGCUUCGUUGCUGUUAAAUAAGAAUAAGCCCCCACUACCGGCCCUAAGGGGUACCUAUAUAGCUGGGGGCUUUCAUAGGAGACACCUGGUCACGAGCAGCAGUUUGUCGAGAACUCUCUGGGUGGGAUGUUGUCACGUCUUUCGUGCUUUUCUUCGGUUAUCUCUUCAAGAAACACAACCUCAACGGAAGAAGUUUCCAAAAAGACGGAAGACACAACGAUCGAUGGAUAUUGGAAAAAGAAAGAACAAACCAGAAGACGAUGCUAAUCAUUUCAGUCGAAUUCGUCGAGGAUACUGGCAGGUUGGGAUGUGGGCAUUAUUUGUUGCAAGGACUCCAUGGUAUGAGUUAAGAAGGUUACAAUCAUCAGUAUCAAAUUCUAAAAUCAAGAUACCAGCUAGAAUACAACGUGACUCUACUGAUAUUUUAUACGCCCUCGAAAGUACUAUACCAAAAGAUUCUAUAAAUCUCAGUUAUGUGUAUCAUGAUGAUCCUUAUUUAUAUCCAGUAAAGAAAACUAAUUACCGUAAUUAUGCAUUGUCAUAUGAGGCAGGCAGAAAAGCUGCAAUAUGGAUUCAUAAAGAACAUAGAGAUUUAUUUCCAAAACAUCUCUCAGAUCCAGAAAUUGAAGCAUUUAAGCCACCUCCGGUGUAUACUGAUAAAAAUCAAGUAUCAGAAGAAAUACUUUUACAUGCCAUAUCCAAGCAUAUGGUGUCUGAUGCUUUGCAUAUUUAUAAAUUGUUAGACUCCAAUGUUUCUAAUGAAACAAAACAAAUACUUUUAGAAUUAUUGUGUUUUUACAAUCAUGAAACUGCUGCACAGAAUAAUUUAUAUUUAGAACAAUGGUUUAUUAUGUUCCAAAAUACACGUAUUUGGAAGUACACAUCAGAAAUUAAUGAAUUGUUUGAGUUUUUAAUUAAACAAGAUUCUUCAAUAGCAGCAGCGGCAUAUAAUGUUAUGAUAUGUGGUUUAACAAAACACUUCAGAACAAAUGAAGCUUGGGCUCUAUAUGAGAAAUGCGAAGAGGAAAAUAUUCCAUUAAAUAUUACUACUUAUAAUUACAUAUUAUGGCUAAUUCCAGAUAUUUUUGAUCACAAGAGUGAACUGUUAAUAGAAAAUUUAUUUAAUAUUAUUAAUACAAUAAAUAAAAAAAAAGUUAAGCCAAAUUUUAAAACAUUGAAUAAUGCUCUUCGUGUGAUUAAAGCGAUAAACGUAGAUGAUAAGAUAGAUAUUGCAAAACGUUUUCUUAUGGAAUUUAAACGAUUAAAUAUAAAAUUUUCAUUAGCAUCAUAUUAUUAUGCUAUGAUUAUAUUUACAGAAAAUAACGAAAAAGGACAUAAUAAUUUUCUGAAAAUUCUACAUUCAAUAGAAAAUGAAAAUUUUAUCAUUCAAGAUCCAAUAGAUUUGAAGUUUUUUAAACAUGCUAUGUACUUAGCCGCUAUUUUCAAUGAUAGAAAAGCUGGUGAUAAGAUUCAUGAAUUUCUUCUGGCAAAAGAUAAUUAUAAAUUUAUUUCAUCUGCUGCUGCAGAAAACGCUUACUACAGCUCAUAUUUAAUAUUGAUGUUGUCAACAAGUACUAUUGAGGAAUUUUUUAAAUUUUAUGAGAAUUUAAUUCCAACCAUAUUUGUACCAUCAAAACAGAUUUUAGUAGAAAUUAUAGAAGCUUUCAAAUAUAACUCAUCACCUCACUUAAUGAAAUAUAUACCAAGAUUAUGGUCAGACAUAAAUACUUAUUGUACUAUAGAACUUUCAAUGAAAUUUAUUUUAUUACGUUUAAUACAAAUAGAUAUUUUAUCUGCUGAUUCAGCUUUAAGAACAGAUCUUGUGGAUAUAGCUUGGGAUUGUUGGAAUAUCAUUCAGAAAGAAAUCAAAAAGGAAAGAUAUACUCCAAUUGAAAAUGCUGUGACAGCUUGCAUAGCAAUGAUAUUGUUACAUGGUAAUCGUGUAAAAGAAAGUGUUAAGGUUAUGACAUAUACUGUUAAAGAAUCAAAUGUAUUUCUUCCAACAAUGAAUGAAAAACAACUUAUUCUCGAAUAUUCUGCAAAUUCAGGAUUUCCACAUAUUGUUGAAAUGGCUACAAAAUUACAGAAUCUUCCAGAAUUUACAAAUGUAGAUCGUCAAAAAUUGAUUGAUUUAGUGGGAGUGGAAGCAUUAAAUCCUUUAGAUACAAAAGAAUGAAGUUAAAUUAUAAUUUUGUGAGAAAAUAAACAUUUUCUCACAAAACAUUAUGUAAUUACAUAUUCCCUUUUCUUUUUAUUGUCUUUACAAUUAAUAAAACUCUUAAAGUAUAAUUGAUACAUGAAAUUUAUAAACUUAUAUUCAUACUAUACUUAUAGGUAUAAUGAUUUUAAUUUUAUUGCUUUUAUAUUUCUUUAUAUACUAGAUCACUAUAGUUAGUAUUCUUGACUAAUUCUAAGCAUAUAUUUACAUAAUAGUUGUUUUUGUUCUAUUUGGCUUUAUUUAUAUCUCUAUACAUCUAUUUUUACUUUGAUUUAAUGUUUUAUGUUAGUCUUAUGCCAUUUAUAAGAAAUAUGGCUAUAUUUUUUUGGAUUUUACAAUGUAUUUUUCCUUUGAUGAUUUAUGGUGCGAGUAUUGUUAAGAUUUUAAUCUUAAGAUUAUCCAGCAAUGAAUGAAAUGGAAAAUCAUUUAUUAUUCACUUUGAGAAUUCACUUACUAAUGAGGUAAACCAUUAGUCGGGAGUAUAAGUUAUAAUUAAUAAGUUACCAUCGCAAAUCAUAUGAAUGAAUCUGGCAAUUCUUGGUAAAAGUAUGAUGAAAGAAAUGAACGAGUGGCAAAAACAGAAAAAACAAUAUGUUAAACCCAGAUAUGCGACAUAAUUGAGAAACAGCUGUAGAAUGGUUUAUGCAAUGAUAUUACACCAGAAAUAGUUUACGAUAGUCAACAAUGGCUGAUCAUGGGUGACAAUAAUGCUAUAUUACAGAGGUCACGUCUUCAGGAUGAUGAUGUCUUAAGUCGCUUGAUUACUGAGUAUCAAAGUGAUGGAUGAGGAAGGAGACGUGCGUCUUACGUUAGAAUCUGUGCGUGAAUUGAUAACAAAAGAUGAACCUAAUGUGCAGAUUACCAGCUUAGAAGAAGAACUUGGUUCAGGAAGAGGUGACAAUUAUACAUCCAUGCUAUAUCGUGUUCGAGCAAAAGGCCGCAAGCAGAUAAAAAAUCGUGAAUGGAUAAAUUAUGAGCGUGCGAUUAUUUAUAAAGUUUUACCUCGAUCAAGGGAACAUCGUGAAGCCUUUAAAAGCGAACUUCUAUUUCGAAACGAAGUAGCAUUUUAUACGCAUGUGUGGCCUGCUUUAAACGAAUUACAAACAAAUGGUAGAGAGGUUUUUGGCGGAGUCGCAAAAAUAUAUACGGCGCGAAUUGAUCUUAUUGCUAUGGAAGAUUUACGAGAGAGAGGCUUUAAAAUGGCAGAUAGAAGGAAAGGAUUACAACUUGAACAUUUGAAACGAGCGCUGAAAGCUUUAGCAGGCUUUCAUGCACUCAGUUUAACUCUUAGAGAAACGAGGCCGGAAGAAUUUGCAAGACUGACGGACCCAAACAGUGGUCAGGGUAUACAAGAAGUUCUUUUUCGGACAGAAAACGAGGAUUGGUACCGUCAAUAUUAUCAAGUUGCUGCUAAGAAUGCUAUCAGAAUGGUAUCUGAUGGUCUUCCUGCUCAUAUGGAAUUUAAAAGAACCGAAAUAAUGAGAAAAUUACGAUCAUUUCUCAACGAUGAUGUAUUUUUUCGUACUAUGAGCGAAAUAACAGCCAUGCAAGGUCCCCUUACUGUUUUUUGUCAUGGUGAUUGUUGGACUAAUAAUAUUUUAUUUAAAGACGAUUUGGCAUUACCAAACGAAGAAGUUGUUUAUUUAGUUGAUUUUCAAUUAUCUCGAGUUGGUUCACUUGCCCUUGAUCUUGCGAAUUUGUUGUAUUGUUGUGCAAAUGGGGAAAUUAGACGAACGCACAUGACACAACUUCUUCAACAUUAUCAUUUUCACCUAAUGUCUUCGUUACAAACGCUUAAUCCAAAACAGCCACCAAAAGAUCCAUCCAUAAUGUGGGAACUAUUAAACGAGGAAAUGCGGCGAUGUGGGCGAUUCGGUAUAGGACUUGCAUUGGAUAUUUUGCCAAUUAGUACGUGCGAAAGCGAAGAAGCUCCAGAUUUAUACGAAAAAUCAGAAACAAGUGAAGGAAAACAAAAUACACGAGCACCACCGCGAGGAGGAGCUGAAUGUGCGCGACUUAUGACUGAUUUAGUUUUGGAACUCGUCCACAAUCAUGCUUUAUAGAUUGAAUUAUAUAAAAUCUUUAUGAAUACUAAUAUCUUUCUUAUAUGGCGACAAAAUAAAUCAAACGUAAUUGUAAAAUUGUUGCGUAAACUUAUGUAUAUAUUUAUACGCGAUUAAAUUAUAUAAAUUUCCAUAAGAUUUGACACUUACAUGAUACAAAAGUUUGUUGAAAAUCUCUAGUUACAUUAAAUAAGAGUAAAUAAUAAAACGAACAUUACUUUAUGUUGAAAAUACUAUUUUAGUACUAAAAAUUUCAGUCACAAUUUUUCCUCUUACAUUCACACUUUCUGUCAACACAUAAUAACACAUUAUUAUACCGAUUGAUAACUGAAACUUCUAAAUAUGAUAUAUAC